ACACUCUGUAAUCCCUGCAAAUUCCCCUCUCACCUGAGCCCUUUGCGUUCUUGCUUCAGCUUUGCCGGCCUUCUGUGGAGAGUUUUCGGAGGAUAAAAGCAGCAUUAAUGGUUUGAGGGUCUCAGCACAGGCAUCCCCUGCUGGGAGCUGUUUGUGCUGUGUCUGCUGGCACUCAGCACCACAGGCUGUACCCUGGGACCAGGUUAUGCAGUAGAGGGGAGCUGGGCAAGAGAGUCAUUCUGGAAUACACACUGCUUCCAACCUCUUCUGCAUCCUGCUGAAAUGGAGGGACCUGCCUCGACGCUGUGCCUGAGAACUUGCUACAUUAAACACUGCAAAGUGCUUGGCAUUGCUGAAAACCCACCUCAGCUGGGGAAAACCCCCUUCUCCAGGAGCUGCAGGUGCUCUCGUAGGAUUGUGAGACAAGAGUGGUCAAACAGUGCCAGCAAGCGUGCCCUGCCCAUCAUCCCAGAAUAUCCAGGCUUCCAGGAUGUCAAGUUAUCAAAAAGUUGUUUGGGAAAUCCUGCCUUCAACCAAAUUUUCCAGGACCUGGAAAGAGGGAAGAGCUCCUCACCGCAGCCCAGGAACUGCCCAAGGAGAGGCUCCUUCGCCCACUGCCUGGGGAGCCCCUCUGGAGGCUGCCACCAGCCCAGCAGCCCUGCCUUCCAGGACAAACCUUUGCAGGAGUAUUUCAACGAGAGGCUGAUGGAGCUGGGGAGCUACGAGAGCAAGAGGAGCAGCGGGAGAGCCGAGGGGCUUGCAGGGCAGAGCCGGGGCCCCGCGGUGGCUCUCGGGGGGUCGCGGCGCAGGGGCAGCUGCGGCGCCGUGCUGCUGCUGGGCCAGGAGGGAGAGCAGCCCUGCAGCUCAGCAAACCAGCACAGCAAGAGGGGCGUGGAGAGCCAGGCUCAAAAGGAAAUCCAGAACGCCCUGAAGUUCUACACUGGUGACUUCUUGGAGCUUUUGACAAUGCCCAUCAGCGCUCCUCUAGAGGCGUUUGUGCAGGAGAAGUGACGCUGGAGCUGGCUGCAGAUUGUCGUGCAGUCCUGCAAGAGUUGUUCCUGUUCUGCACCCCUCUGAUUUCAGCUCGGUCCCCUCUGAUGCUUGUUUUGGGGUUGUUCUUGAUUAACAUUGCAUCUAUUUGUUUUCAGUUAUUUCCUGGAAAGAAUCAGCAUGACUGAGCCAUAGGUGCAGUUAUAGCAGUGUUCUAAACACAUGCAUUACUAGAAUACUUAAAGUUGCCUUCAAAAAAGGUGAUUAGUGUCAGAGGAGCAGCUUGUUUCCUGCUGUGCAGUUUGUGUUAAUUAAUCUGAGGAAAGGCUGUUGCACUCUGCCUCGUUAUUUUGCUUGUUUUAAGCCCCUUGCUUUUAUCAUGUCACUGUGGCCCAACUGAUUUGUGUUCUUACUGUGACUUAUUUCUGACACAGAUGCAAAUAGUUGAUGAGAAAUGACAUUUUCAGUCAUUGCCACGUAAUCACUGCUAGAGUCUGAUGCAUGAAGAAGCAAACACAGACAUCAGAUCUACUUUUAAAUAUGAUCAGCCAUUAUGGCUUUGUUUGCAGACCCAAAACUCCUUGACUCAAAAAACACCACAGGGGCAAAGAGGGAAAAAAUGCUGGAUUUAAGUUAGAAUGAUGGAAUUAAGUAUGAAAGAAGGCUCCUUCCCUCUUUCCUUCUGUAAAUACAAGAACCACAUAGGGAAUUCCUAAUGUAAUCUGAACUUCAAAUUGUUUAUUGUAUUUUAAUGUUUAUCGUGGUCAUGUAAGUAUAAAAUGUCAGCUGCAGCUGAAUCCUUUUACCAUGGGAAAUGUCAAUGUUUAAUUCCACAGUGAGUAUCAGACCCAAAAUGAAGCAAUGAUUUCAAGCUUCCAGAAAGAUCUAUUACUGCCUGUGGUAUCAUCAGCAAUAAAUUCCUCAUUUUAGUUGUGGUUUGAAUUGAUGGUUCUCUCUUUGCUUUCAGACUCGUUUUAAUGUGAUUUAACAAGUAAACCAUGGCCCUGGCAAUACCCAGCCCCUUCCAGUCUGACUCCUCCCCAUCCCUUUUCCCUCCUUGUUCCUCUGUUUCUUCAGCC